AAAUUGCGAAAACUACCCAGUUAUUGAAUUAUGGAGAGAAAAAAAGGAAAGAAAGAAAUAGAAGAAACCAGUCAUGGCAGAGCUGUGCUAGUGCUCCAAACUGUUCUUUGUUGACUUCAUCUAUAUAGUGCAGCUGUUACCAGUGAUUAUUUUCUCACCGUUUCUCAUCCUAGUCGGUUGGGUGUUUAGAGCUCGUGAUAAAGUUGGAACCCGUUAUGAUUACUCUCAGUAUUUCACGUUACCGUUCGCUUGCAUUGGGACCAGUAGAUGUCCCUGCUAGUGCAUUUGCACUCCACCAUGCAAGGAGAAAUGUUAUCUACACCCGGACACCGUGUUACCACCAACCCUACCACCGGUAGGCAUGUCGUCGGGUUCCGCCCAUCCCUAGACUCAGCUCCUCAUCACCACCAACCCGCAUCCUCUCGAGUUUGGACUUCAUCCGAGAUUCCAGCCGAUAUUGUACUCGGGCCCUAUGAUGAUAGCGUGCUCAGCUUUGGAGAUAGGAUAACGGAAGAUUCAUCCAAUCCAACUAUGAUCGAGGUGAAAGUUUCGUUUGGACGUGUAGUAAGUGCACGUGAGAGUGAUUCGAGUAGCUGGGCGUGGCAUAUAGCAGGUGCUCGGAAUGAUCACGAGCAGAAUCUAUCAGCUGAACGUGCAUCUGAUGGUAUGAUAGUCUUCAAGACAACUAGACGAGUUCUCAAAGGAGAAGAAUUAAAGGUGUGGCUCUCUUCGGACCUCGCUAAGCAUAUGGGUGUACCGGCUCAUGUAGGAACUUUCCAAGCUGAAGACCGGUCAUUCGUAUGUCCUGUAUGCUCUACCAAGUUCCGUUACCCAAACACCUUGAAAUCUCAUCUCAGAUCAUGUGGCACAUCGGCUAAAAGGACAAGCAUUCUACGUCCUGAUGUUCGACCAGAUCACUUAGAAGAUUCAACCAGGUUUGGAAGUGCCUUUAGACGUGUAACACCCCGCUCGAUCACCUCUUCAUCAUCAUUCACAACCACCUCAACUCUAAGCGACAGCGUCACCAACGGGUCACGUCGACCGGAAGUUCUUCCAACAGAGGGAACCGAUGGUAGCAGCACACUCGUGACAAAGAACCGAAACACUUCUCACAAGUCCAACUCUCCUAGAACGAGUCCUAAGGUGGGCUUUCGCGCAUUCCGUAAGACCAGUUCUCCAUCUUCCACUCGUAUGCUGGACAUCAACAUGAGUUCUUCAGAUACCAGUAGAAAGGGCUCCAAUGUCCUGUUUUCAGUCGACAAGAUGUUGAACCAUACCGAAUCACAGAGUACAAGCAGUCAAGUUUCAAACUCACCUACAGGACUUGAUAAAAACGCGAAUCCAUUCGAUCCCCUAGCUUUCCGAUCUCAACUCUCCAUACCUACUGGCAUCGGUCAGUACCGGCCAAUUGACCCAUAUUUACCUAUUCGCUGCUUCCAGCCGGUCAUACCCACCAUUGCUAGAUACGGAGGCAUCCUUCCACCUGCUCAUCACCGCAGUCUCUACAAUAGUGCUGCUCAUCCUUUUUUCCCUUACAAGGUUCCCAUUCCAACACCCCUUAAAUUCGUUCACCCGACACAUCCCAUCCCUUCACCCAAUGACAUAGACAUACCUAAAUUUGCUGGACUUGAUCGCAAUCAUUUAGCCGGAGCGUCAUCUUCGUUUCAAGUCGGUGAAACACAGUAUUCCUACCUGCAGGACUCUACUCGAAAGAAUAAACGUGGACAUUUGUGCAUCUAUUGUGGCAAGCUCUAUUCGAGGAAAUACGGUCUUAAGAUUCAUCUUCGGACUCAUACAGGAUACAAACCACUCAAGUGUAAAGUCUGCCUGCGACCAUUCGGUGAUCCAAGUAACCUCAACAAACACAUCCGAUUACAUGCUGAGGGAGACACACCGUAUCGAUGCGAGUACUGUGGAAAGGUUCUUGUAAGACGACGUGAUCUUGAUAGACAUAUCAGAUCUAGACAUCCUGAUGAAGCGAAGAAGAGAGAGAAAGAAUCAGAAGAACCAGGAGAUGACGUCAACAAUCAAACAACUCCUGUACCAGAUGAAAAUGAUGAAGACCAAGAUGCUGAUAUGACGUCAUCUAACAGCCCGGAUGCUAUUAAACCACCUAAUUUUGAAGACAUCGUCAAUCCUUGUAUUGAUGUACAAAACCGAAGCUGAACAUUCAACCAGUCCAUAUGUAUACUAAUCUGAACAUUCAACCAGUCCAUACGUAUACUAAUCUGAACAUUCAACCAGUCCAUACGUAUACUAAUCUGAACAUUCAAAUAGUCCAUACGUAUACUAAUCUGAACAUUCAACCAGUCCAUACGUGUACUAAUCUGAACAUUCAACCAGUCCAUACGUGUACUAAUCUGAACAUUCAACCAGUCCAUACGUGUACUAAUCUGAACAUUCAACUAGUCCAUACGUGUACUAAUCUGAACAUUCAACCAGUCCAUACGUGUACUAAUCUGAACAUUCAACUAGUCCAUACGUGUACUAAUCUGCAAAUCGGAUUUCCCUGGGGAAAUGUCAUCAGUAACUAUUCAGCAUUUUAUUUUAUUUAUGUAUCAAGGAAAAUAUUAUUUCGUAAAUUUUGUUGACUUGUGUGUUUAACAUGUCAAUUCAAGGCGUUAAUGUUCGAAUCUUUUAAAGCUUUACCUCGAAUCACUGUGUGUCCUAACACAAUCCACUCAGUAUUCAAUAUUCAGAAUCCACGCAAUGUUAAAGGAGUCUAAUAAAGAGAGCUUUAAAAUAGAAGGAUCAAGAAAUACUUUUCUGACAAAUCUAUACAGCUUAAAAAAGACAAAUCAUGAUAAUAAAAUCAAUCAUAUCAUCUAGGAUACAUAGUUGUAUUGUAAGAAAUGGACAACAGAUGUACUUAUGGCAAUCAUUUUAUUAUAAAAAAUUGGAAGGCAUAUUUAAAACUUACAAAUCUUAAUCAUGUCAUAAUCAGUUCAGCACAAUUAACAAAAUGAUUCGGCCAAUGAAAACAAAAGUAUAUAACUCAAUCAAGUUACAGAAAACAUUGAAGUAUCAUUAACCAUUGUGAGAAAUUCCUGAAACAAAAUAUGUUUAGAAUUUCUUCAAUAAAUGAAAUAUAAUAAUGAUAUAUAGUGGGGCCUUGUAUAGUGCUCAUGUCUGUCAAACUUGACACUCAUGCGCUCCACAAUAAUAUACCCUGGCUUUAGCAUGGCUGCCAUUAUGGCGCUCUAGCAUUUAUAAUCAUUAAUCAUCACCAUCACCAUCACCAUCACCAUCACCAUCAUCCUCCUCACCUGAUGGUAUCAUUAUCACGCCUUUCUUCCUGCUUCUAUUACAAUAAUUGCUUAACAUUCACAUUUGUAAUGGAUGAAAAGGGGUUAUAAAGACGUGAUGAAUUAAUGGCUAACUCAGUUUAAUACUUUGAUGAUACAAGUUUUGUAAUAGAAAUGUUAAUCGUGAAAUGGUACAACUGUCUUAAAUGAUUCAGUCAGUAAAACGUGCGAAUUACUAAGUUGAUACUGUUAUAUAUAUUUUAUACUUUGGGACUUUAUUUUGCUUAAUAUCUACUAAACUGUUGUCACCUGUAGUGAAUAAACACUAUAAAGAAUUACUUUCCAGUAAAACAAUAUGAGUAAUUACCUUUGAGCAGUAACUGUUUUAUGUGCAAUGAGAUACUAUGACUUAUUAGUCACUAUUAUAUUGUUUUUGAAGACAAAUCUUGCUAACUUUGAUGCUUAAUUCUAAACAUUUGUAUAUUUCUACUAUGUCAACCGUAUAUUGCUUAAUCUAUUUUUAUCUAUGAAGCAUGUUGAUGAUGUUCGUUGUAUAAACAAGGAGCAAUAAACGAUAUAACACUUCCAUGAAAAUGAGUGAUCAAUACGCUAUGUUAAGAGUGGAGUGAGCUCGUGGAAAGUGAGUUGUGCAAUAAAAUACAAGGGACAGUUUGAAAGCUGUAAGA